UUGACCUGUGAUAUUUAUAAAAUGUGAACUUUUACUUAACAUUUGAAUAUUUUUAGUUGUUUCGUUAUUACACAUUUAUUUAUUUGGCAAUGUUCCUUAUUACAGAUAUCUUUUAUGAGUCUUUUUGUACAAACUGUGGCUUAACAACUGUGUCUUUUAUGCAUGUAUAUGUUUUGACAUGUCACGUGAUAAUAAAACUAUUAUCAUCGUUUGUUUAAACAUAAUUAAGUACUUUAAUACAAAAACUACACUAAAAACACUCACAAAUAUUUGUUUAUUAGAAAAUAAUGUUUAUUAAGUAAAUUAUGAAAGUGAUUGGAUGUUAUCUAAACAAAAUCUGAGCAAAUAUUUGAAGGAAAUCGUUACUAAUUAUGGUAAUUAAACAAAUGCGUUGUGCAAAGGUGCAUAAAACUUUCUACAGUCACUGCGUUAUUGGCAAGCACAAAAAUGUUAUAAACCAAACAAUGUAAAAUAAAACAGAUAACCCAAUCGCAAAGACAACAAUGAAAAAGACAAAACAACCAAUGAAAAACCAAUUAGAAUCAUUUUAGUGCAGGACUUGUGCAACACGAAUACGACCCAUAUAAAAUGACGUAUUCAACCCGAUAACAUAAAAAGGUUUCGUCGAAAAAUGCACAUUUUAUCACAUAAUGUCUAACAAUCCAGUCACAUUAUUGCAAUGUCUGUUAUUGUUUACCGUGGUGCAGGCCAGAAACAGGAUAAUAGGUGGUUAUAAUGCUGACAUCAAGGACCACCCCUACCAGCUACAACUAUUAUCUGAUGGCCAGUUAAUCUGCGGUGCUGUUUUAAUCUCCAACACCUACGCCUUGUCCGCAGCUCACUGUUUCCAUUCAUCAGUUUCAGGUUUGUACAAAAUCAGGGCGGGUACUUCUUUUGUGAACCGGGGAGGCCAAAUUAGGAACAUUAAAAAUGCUUACAUUCAUCCCAGCUACGUUAAAGAAGAGGUGGACUAUGACAUUGCCAUUUUGGAACUGGAUCAACCCCUAAAUUAUUCUUCAACAAUACAGCCAGUUAGACUUCCAAGAAAAAACGAGUUCCCUCCACCAGGUCAGGAAGGUAUUGCCUCAGGUUGGGGUACGAUGGAUCCAUCAACAAAUCGAAUGCCCAAUCGAUUGCAAGCUGUGAGAUUGCCAGUACUUGAUGUACAAGAUUGCCAGUAUUAUUACAGAUUCAUUACGAAACUUUCCAAACGUAUGUUUUGUGCUGGUUAUCAUUCGGGAGGCAAAGACGCUUGUCAGUUUUCAAGGGUGAUUCCGGUGGUCCCCUUGUUGUUAAAGGUGUGCUUCACGGUUUGAUUUCUUGGGGGAUCCAAUGUGCCACCCCCGGUUAUCCUGGCGUCUACGCCAAAGUCAGCGAAUUCAGAGAUUACAUCAAAGUGAAUACCGGUAUAUAAAGGGGUGAAAUAAAACAGUUCAUGUAG